GUGUCCGAUGGUUGUUAGUAUUCAAAAGAUAUUCGUAGAAGAAACACACAAAAAGUAGGAGAAGAAAAACGAAACGGAACGGAAUGGCGGCUAACCUGGGAGGAACUGUUUACAAUGCAGCGGAGAAAAUCUGGUGUGGACCGAAAUGCAAAGAAAUCUAUAGCCGUGACAUGACUGUGGGCGAGGCCAUUGUAAUGCAAUUGCGUAGAACUCCCCAGAAAGUGAUACAAAUUAUCGAGUCUACCGGGGAGACACUGACGGCUCAAGAAUUUCUAAAUUACAGUAUGGCAUUGGCGAAAAAUACUCUCGAAAUGGGCGUAGACGCUGGGGAUAUUGUGGGCGUCUAUGCCAAACAUUCGCUGCAUUUGGGCACAGUUAUGUUGGCGGCCUUUUUGUGUGGCACUCCGGUGCAUGGAGUGUUUCAUGGUUUUGAAAAAGAUACCAUAACAAAACUCUAUGAAACCACCCGGCCAAAGCUUAUCUUCUGCGAUGAGGAAAACUAUAAUAAGGUGCUUUAUGUAAUGGAGACGUUGAAAUUAAAUGCCAAAAUUGUGUUGAUGACUGGUAGUUUAAAGGGUAUCUUAAAUAUCAAGGAUUUGGUGACUUAUCGUAAGGAUAUUGGUGAUAUUUCAAGUUUUCCCUGCACCAAAUUGUCCAGUGCUGACACGGCAGCCAUAUUGUGUUCAUCUGGUACAACGGGCACACCAAAGGGAGUGAUGUGCUCACAUCAAUCAAUGCUGCACAAUCUUCUAUAUCUCACCGCCACCAUGGACUCGGUAUUGAUGUGUUUCAGUACCAUGUACUGGGCAUCGGGUGUUAUGAAUCUGGUACAAAGUUUAUUAUAUUCAACGCUGCGCAUCGUUCCCGAUCGUGCCUAUAGUCCGGAAUAUUUUCUCGAAUUAGUGGAACGUUAUAAGGUUACACACAUCUUUGCAACUGGAGCCCAAAUGGCAGAUUUAGUUUUGAAUACGGAUAAAGAAAAGGCCCGCUCUGCCCUCAGAUCCAUUGAUACCCUGAUGGCUGGCGGUGCCAAAGUUCCACAGGCCAUACAAGAACAAAUGUUUGAAAUCCUCGGUGAUAAUACCAAGCGUCCCGGUUUCACAAUUGGUUAUGGUUUAUCCGAGAUAAUGGGUGGUGUUAGCCUCAAUGGUGGUUAUCCGUUUGAGUUUAAGCCAGAUUCGGAGGGUAAAUUAUGGAUCAACAGAGAGGCAUGUAUUGUGGGUGAGAAUGGCCAACGAUUGGGUCCCAAUGAAACGGGAGAGGUUUAUGUUCACAGCCCCUAUACCUGGAUGGGUUAUUACAAAAAUCCCGAGGCUACAGACCAAGCCAAGCACGGUAAGUGGAUAAGGACUGGAGAUGUGGGUUAUUUUGACAGCGAGGGGUUCCUACAUUUGAUUGGACGAGCCAAAGAAAUGUUCAAAUGGAAGAAUUUCCAAAUAUGUCCCCAGCCCAUAGAAGAGGUACUACAGCGCAUACCUGGAGUGGCCGAGGUCUGUGUAUUUCCCAUUCCCGAUCUGGUGGCUGAAAAUUUGGCAGCUUGUGCCAUUGUAAGGACCAAAGAUGUCGAAGGCAAUCAACUGACCGCCCAAAUGGUGAAUGAGGUCAUCGAACGGGAAAUGGACAGUUUCUAUCAUCUACGUGGUGGGGUCUAUUUUGUGGACGCUCUGCCGCGCACCGACACCGGCAAAGUACAACGUCUGAAAAUGUCCCAAAUAAUUGGAGAAAUUGAUAGAUAAAUGGCAUACUACUUAGUUUAUAAAUUUAAUAGAAUAACUGAUUAUAUUUUAAGUAACUAUGAAAAUAUUCGAUAAGAUCGUUAUUAUGAAACAGA